CGCCGUCGGCCCUGCGUCUGAUCCCCCAGGGCUGCCCUUCAACGACACCGACUUGUGACCGUGACACGUAUACGACAGCUGCAGUGCGCACCACCAGGGGACAACGCCUUGCCGCCAUUCCUUGGACUUGUGCUCAACACCGGCCUUGUUCGCCAGAGAGCAAUCGUCCAGCCGGGACUUCCGCCCAUCAUUUGGAGCUACCUGGAGAGAGCAUACAAGAGGGGGGUGAAUAGCAACUGCAUGCUUGCUUUGAUAACAGCCACGUCGCCAUGCAUCUCUUCGCACGCCACGAGGGCCACCACGAGGUCGACACGGGCCGGUACUGGGGCCUCGGGUACUACUUUCAAACUCUCAGCACCGAGCAGCUGCACCAGCGGCGCGAGUAUCUCGACUGGUAUGGCUUUGCUGCCGAAUGGUCCGUCUUGGUCAUCCUCUCGCUGUUCCAGGUCGGCUUCGCGCUUUCGUGGGUCAUGAGGAGCGGGAUGCGGUAUGAACAGCCCAAGUCGCCCUCGUUCACAAAGGAGCACAAGAACAGGCUGGCAUGGCUGAGACGCAUGCACGGCGGGUGCGCCAAGGCCAAGUGGUGGAUGCAGAAAGAUGUCAUCAGAGGCUGGAACUGGGGCACCAGGGGAGAAUGGCUGGGGGCUGCUCUCUGGACAUUGUGGCUGCUGUACCUGUGUGUUGCCAACACGGGAAAAGAUUACCUUCAUUUGACCAAGCGCUUCGGGCAAAUUGGCGCAUCCCAGAUGCCAAUCCACUACCUCCUGGCUAUGCGAGCACCCUACAGCCCGGUCCAGUACCUGACACGACUGUCCCAUGAACAGAUCAAAUCUUCGCAUCAGAUCCUGGGACGCAUCAUCUUCUUUUUAUUCGUGCUGCACGCGGCCUUUUACCUCAACUUCUUCAUCCUAUCCGGCCUGCUUGCAAAGCGCAUCAAGGACUGGGACGUCAUCUGGGGCGUGGUCAGCCUCAUCCUUUUCUCUGCCAUCAGCACCACUGCCCUGGGAUUCAUCCGGCGAAGAAACUACCGCGUCUUUUAUAUUUCACACAUUGCCAUUGCCAACUUUAUCAUUGUGCCCUUGUUCCUGCACGUGUCGCAUAUCCGCGUCUACGUGUACGAGGUCAUUGUCAUCGAGGCGCUGCAUUUAAUCUUCCGCGCUGUGCGUCUCAAGACAUACCAGGGCACUCUCAAGCUGCUUCCCGGCACUAACCUGGUCCAAGUUCGUAUUCCUCUACCAGCGGAUAGUGCCGCUCUUAGCUGGAAGCCGGGGCAGCAUGUGUACCUGAGCCGGCCAAGGGGCAAAGGCAAAGAGCCCACAUGGUACAGUCAAUGGCUCACGAUCAACAAGACGAAUCCCUUUACCGUGGCGUCUCUGCCGGCACAAGACAAGGAAUUGCUCCUGGUUGCGAGAACACUCAAAGGCAACACAAAGUAUCUUGGCGAGCUUGCACGAUCACUGGGACAGGGGAGUAGCAGCAGCGUGCCAAUGCUGCCAACAGCGGGCGGGGACAUUCCGAUAUUACCACUGUCGCUCGAAGGACCGUAUGGGGCAUCCGCCCGGCUACCUGAUUUGCUGGAUUAUGACAGAGUGCUUUUGGUGGCUGGUGGCGUUGGCGCCACGUUCAUUAUGCCCAUCUACCGCAGUCUUGUUGAGCAGUCAGACGAUGCGCCAGCGGGCAGUCAGGUGCGGUGCAUAUGGGCAGUGCAGAAGCUGGCCGAGACACAGUGGGCAUUCGCGGCAAACGCUGUGGCUGGCAACAGGCAGGGUGACGAGGACGAGGACGAGAACGGGAACGAGGAUAGCAACGGGAAUGGCUUGCUGCACGGGCCGAGCAGCGUGCAAGUCUAUGUAACGCGGGCGUCGGGAGCGAAUCUGCGAGCGGCUGGCAGUGCGGGUGGCAGCUUUGCCGUCGACUCGGACGACGAGGGAGAAGGCGAGGCGAUUGAGCUGCAGGAGAAUGAACAGCUGCUGGACAUGGAGGAGCAGAUGCAGAAGCCGCGCAAGGGCAUGGUGGUCAAGAGCGGCAGGCCGGAUCUCAGGGGCCUGGUAGACGAGGUCUUCGGCAAGGGUAUGAAAACGGCGGUGGUUUGCUGCGGGCCGAAGAGGAUGACGGACGAUCUCAGGAGCAGCGUUGAGGAGUGGGUGAACAAGGGCCAUGACGUGUUCUGGCACGAUGAGUCGUUCAAGUGGUAGACACGGUGGUUUUGUAUAGAUUUGCGUGCGUCGAGCGCUGUUGAGGUGGUUAGUCGCAGUGGCCGUGGGCGUGGCAUUUGUCGUGGGCGCCGCCGCCGCCCGCCCGGGGCGCUGGACACGAAUCGCAGAGUUUGGCCAACGGGUGUGCAUGCAUUAUGAGCGACGGGAUGUGCAUGUUAAGACAGGCAGAGGCUUGUCACGAGCGAUUGACAGCGACAAGUGCACUCUGGCGCCCAUCUGGUACUAGAGGCGGCCAGCCGUCCAAACUCUGUAGCCCUACGGCGGCCUCUAGAACGGGCCCGCCGUCGAGGGCGCGGCUCCCUGGGCCGUUGCCGGGGACUAUCUUGCCAGGAACGGGGAAGGCGCAGGGAGACGGAAGCUUGUCUAGACAGUUGUGCACUGGGCAGAGGGCGUGCACAACCCAGGCGACAUAAUCAAAGGCGUUCAUGCGCCGAGGAUGCGUUUGUCGCGCAUAAUGAUGGGUGGCGG